AUGUCUUUAUCCAAUGGCCCCUCCAGGAAAUACUACAAAAGUCGAUCAAUUGAUCUAGAUCUGCCCAAAGAUCAGCGUGUCAGAUUACUUAUGGUUGUUGUUCUGGCAUUAGCCCUGCGACUUAUUGGAAUAAAUUACCCAUCGACAAUUACUGGCUUCGAGUCUAGAAUAGUGGAUCAUAUUGUCGAUUACUCCACAGGAAGCUUCUUUGUUGACCCGAAUCCGCCUCUAGUUCCUUUGUUAUACUCAUGUGUGUCCAAAUUCACCGGUUUGGAUACGCCAUUGGUUUUGCUCCGUUCCUUAAGCGCACUUUACGGAACGGCCACCGUUCUUUUGACAUAUCGGACAUUACAGGCAUGUGGAGUCGGUCACAAGAUCGCGAUCGGGGGUUCGCUGCUGAUCGCAUUCGAGAACUCGUUUGUCCAAGAAUCAAGCUAUAUCUCGGAUAUAACACCAACACUGUUUUUCCUUAGCUUGACAGUGGCUUUGACGAAAACCAUCAGCUCUGGUUCGAGCAGAAAACGAACACUGGUGGCCACCAUCGUGAGUCCAAUCGCCCUGGGACUGUUGAUCAGCUCAGAUUGGAUCGGUCUGGCUUCUGCGGCUUGGGUCCUAACGGUUUUCGUUAGAGAUACCUGGCUCCAAAUCGGGGACUUGUCGUUGUCGACACGGACAGUUGUGAAACAGGCACUAUUCAGAUUAAGCUUGUUGCUGGUGAUUCCAGUGUCUAUCUAUCUGUCUAUCUAUGCGGUCUAUUUGCACAUUCUUCCUCACACGGGGCCAGGAUACUCGCUCGUUUCUCCGCAUUUCCAAAACGCGUUAGACCCAAUUCCACCUUACGUUGCAGACAUCUCAUACGGAUCCACCGUUUCUCUGAGAAGCUACUUCACAGGCAAAUAUCUGCACUCUGAGGCUUCCGAUUACCCCAAGUCGGGCAAUCAGCGUGUCACUGCAUCUCCAACAGAUACAGAAGGGAACCUCUGGUUUGUGGAGCAAAGAAUCAAAGCACGGAACGGUGAACUUGUUCGGAAGGCCAAACAAAUAGAAACUGGACGUCAAAUCAGAUUCUUCCACAAUGCCACAGAAAGAUACUUGUACAUCAACACUGACGGGAAACCUCCUCUUUCCGAGACCGAUUAUAACAAAGAGGUGAGUACUUUUGGUAACUCGUCUUGGGAAGGAGAAAACUGGAUCAAUUUCGAGUUGCGUCCAGCCAGCAGAUAUUCAACUUCCGCAGCCAGUAAACGAUUCAGAGCGAUUGAAUCCGUUUUCCAGAUAUACAACGUCAGAAACAAGUGUUUUCUUAUGGCAACAGAAAACGCGCUUCCAAGUUGGGCACAAGGCCACGACGAGGUGAUUUGCAUUGAGAAACCAAUUUUUGAACGGUCUUUGUGGUAUUUCGUGAAGAACGAGCACCCGAAACUUGAAGGAUCUCCGGUUGAGUAUCGAAAUCUCUCGUUUUUUGACAAAUUGAAGGAAGUGCACGUUCAAACUCUCCGGUUAGUUGGAAAGCUUCCAAAAUGGACAGUAGAAGAUCAAAACCCGCUACGAUGGCCAUUCUUAGAGGAGAAAACUCUUCUAUGGAGAAACGGAGACGAAGAAAUCUGGUCAACAGGGAACCCUGUUGUGUACUGGACAGUAAUUAUGGUGGUUGUGGGAUUCGUUGGAUUCAAGGCAUUCCAAGUGAUCACUUUGAACCCAUACAAGCCUGCUGUCUGGAGUAUAGAGGAGCUUGAGUUCGAUCGGCACGCAACAGAUUUCCUUCUUGGGUUUGUGAUCCAUCUUAUUCCCUAUGUGUUGUCAAAUGCUCGAGUGGAGCCCGCCAAGUACUCAUUCGCGUUAUUUUUCGGGGUCUUGUUGUUUUGCCAGUGGCUCGAGUACAUGAAAGCGGAAAAAGUACUGGCUGCAAUUAUUGCACUGACUGUGAUUGUUUAUAGAAUGGUUUAG